UCUACAUGUCUGUGGUAGACGUCAGUGGAAAGCAAAAGACUUGCUAAGCGUUUGUAGAAAAGACGCAAAUUGUGUGAAUAUUUUCAAAACUUUUCGAUAAGUUUGGAUAUUGGUUUAAAGAGGUAGACAGAGUAUCUUGAAAGCAAAGACAACCCUUUUGUGACCUGUCUAUUUCAGAGUCGUCAAAGGACAAAGAAARAGAUAAAGGACGCUUGGCGGAACAUGCAGCAUCAGUUAUAAAAAAAAAGGAAUUAAAAAACAAAAACUUUGUAAGAGAAUCAAAAAAAUAAUUGGGAAUUCAUUUGCCUUUGGCUUUGUUAAUUUAACGUCCAUUCAAACCCUGYGAAAGUAAAACCACGUUGAAGUGCUGCUGAAGGUGUGUUCACGUUACCACAUUCUAAGUAAUUCUUUCAAUUGUGCGGAUUUAUUUGAAAAUUAAAGUGUAAAAUUAAUAUGAGUGCCUCCGCUGCAUUUGUGCCAUCAGGUGGAUUUGGUGGUACUAUUGCUGCUGGUUUAUCUCCUAUGAUGGCUAAUCUCAACGUAGAUGAAGGUGCAACAGCUAUGUCGAGAGCACAACCAAUUAUGAUGGUGAAUCCACCUAUUUGUCGCUAUUUUCAACGUGGAAUAUGCCAUUAUGGAAGUUCGUGCCGUUUUUCUCACGUUCUUACUGACGGAGAAGCAAAUAACAACAGUGGUAAUGAAACCGAGGUCCUAAAUCCUACAACUUCUUCAACAAACAACAAGAAAAUCACAACAGAAUWUCCAAAUGUUCGGCCUAGCACUAGUCGACAUAAUUGGAUAAAUGCUCCAGUCUUCGUGCCGAAAAGUUAUCGACCAACAUACCCGUCUGAAGAAGUUGCUGACAUUUCUACUAAUGAAGGUGCAACGAGUAUAUGUCCAAUGAACAAUGAAAUACAAAAAUCUUGGGCAGAUGUUGUUGGUGGUGGAAAUGUGGCACAAAGUACAAACAUUAUUGAAGGAAAUGAUGCUGAAGCCAUGCUUGAAAUGGAAUGUCCAUUUGAGGGACCCUGUCCGUACGGCGCAUAUUGUGCUUAUGGCAUUCACAUGGAACUUUGUAAAAUGUGCGACCAAUUUUGUUUACAUCCAAGCGAUCAAACGCAACGCCGCAAGCACAAUCAAGAUUGUUUACAGCAGCAUGAACAAGCCAUGGAGUGGUCAUUUGCUAUUGCCCGCUCCAAAGAUAAAACUUGUGGUAUUUGCUUCGACACAAUAAUGGAAAAAGCUGGAAGAGAGAAACGUUUUGGAAUAUUGCCGAAUUGUAACCACAUUUUCUGUUUGGAAUGCAUACGCAAGUGGCGACAGGCAAAACAGUUUGAACAUAAAAUUACACGCUCCUGUCCAGAGUGUCGCGUAUCUUCAGAUUUUGUCUGUCCCAGUGCCUUUUGGGUUGAAACUAAGGAAGAAAAGGAUAAGUUGCUCAGCGACUAUCGAUUAGCGCUUGGGGUAAAAGACUGCAAAUACUUUAAAAAGGGUGAUGGCAAGUGUCCAUUUGGCAACAAAUGUUUUUACAAACAUGCUCUACCCAAUGGCGAUUUAGUUGAUGUAGGCUGCCCAAAGCGUGCACGUAAAUUACAUCGUGGCUCAAACGAUUUCAUCGAUUUGCUAGAUAUUUAUUUGUGGGAGUUUGUGGAGCAACGCGACUACCAUUGGCUUGACUUUUUGUCCGGCACCAGCGAUGAUAGUGAUGAUAGCGACUUUUCGGAGGAGUAAAAGUGUGCAGCUAUUCGAUAACUCCAAAGUUGUACAACUAUCACAUCUUGGCAUCUAUUAAUCAAUGUGUUACCAAUAUUAAGUUACGCAAAGAAAAAAUAGAACCUAUACACAAGUUAGAUAUCCAAAAAAAUGGAAUAAAUUCAUAACAGUCUAUUAGCUGAAGCAGAUCCGUUGUUAAGUAUGCCAGAAACGGAUUCCUAAAAUAAUAUGAUUAAAUUGCACAUAUGAAAAAGGCGGCAUUAAAUAGAUUUCGA